GCUGUGUAAUCUUGUCGUGAUUUUGGUGUUCUCUUGAAUAGUAACAAGCACCUUUAAGGAAUCAUGCCGGAUUAUUUGGGAACCGAGCAACGUAAAGUAAAAGAGGAAGAAAAAGAUGAUAAACCGAUCAGAGCUUUGGACGAAGGGGAUAUUGCACUUUUGAAAACCUAUGGUCAAAGCACCUAUUCAAGGCAGAUAAAACAAGUGGAAGAUGACAUUCAGCAGCUUCUUAAGAAAAUUAAUGAGUUAACUGGUAUAAAGGAGUCCGACACAGGACUGGCACCCCCUGCACUGUGGGAUUUAGCUGCUGACAAACAGACUUUGCAGAGUGAGCAACCAUUGCAGGUGGCCAGAUGCACCAAGAUCAUCAAUGCAGACUCUGAGGAUCCUAAAUACAUCAUCAAUGUGAAACAGUUUGCUAAGUUUGUGGUUGACCUGAGUGAUCAGGUUGCACCCACUGAUAUUGAAGAGGGGAUGAGAGUGGGAGUGGACAGAAAUAAGUACCAGAUCCACAUUCCUCUUCCACCAAAGAUUGACCCCACUGUUACUAUGAUGCAGGUGGAGGAGAAGCCUGAUGUGACCUAUAGUGAUGUUGGUGGCUGCAAAGAGCAGAUUGAGAAACUCAGAGAAGUAGUGGAAACCCCUCUACUACACCCGGAGCGCUUUGUGAACCUUGGCAUCGAGCCCCCAAAGGGUGUUUUGCUGUUUGGACCACCUGGUACAGGAAAGACCCUAUGUGCCAGAGCUGUGGCCAACCGUACUGAUGCCUGCUUCAUUAGGGUCAUUGGUUCUGAACUGGUCCAGAAAUAUGUUGGAGAGGGUGCCAGGAUGGUGCGAGAGCUGUUUGAGAUGGCCCGGACAAAGAAAGCUUGCCUCAUCUUCUUUGAUGAAAUUGAUGCUAUUGGAGGAGCCCGUUUUGAUGACGGUGCCGGAGGUGACAAUGAGGUCCAGAGGACAAUGCUGGAGCUCAUUAACCAGCUGGAUGGCUUUGAUCCCCGAGGCAACAUCAAGGUUCUGAUGGCCACUAACCGACCCGACACCCUGGACCCAGCUCUCAUGAGACCAGGUCGUCUUGACAGAAAGAUUGAAUUCAGUCUGCCAGACCUAGAGGGUCGCACUCACAUCUUUAAGAUCCAUGCCCGUUCCAUGAGUGUUGAGAGAGACAUCCGCUUCGAGCUUUUGGCCCGUCUCUGUCCCAACAGCACAGGAGCUGAGAUCCGCAGCGUGUGCACAGAGGCAGGCAUGUUUGCUAUCAGGGCUCGGAGGAAAAUUGCCACAGAGAAAGAUUUCUUGGAGGCAGUGAACAAGGUCAUCAAGUCUUACGCCAAGUUCAGCGCCACCCCGCGUUACAUGACCUACAACUGAGCUGCCUUGCAGUCAGAUUUUGUCUUUGUUUUCUUUUUCUUCUUUUGUUUGGUCUUGUGAUUGAAAAAGACGUUCAUAAUUGUAUAUUUCUUUUCUUUAUGAUCAUCAGUUAAAAUAAAACAUCAUUAGUCCA